UUUUUAAUUUUUAGAAUGACAAAAAAUAAUUUUUUUCGUGACGGAGUUACCUACUUAAUUAUGCUUUCUGGUAUAAUCUUUGGAGCACAUUUUUUCCAACGAAUAAAAUUUGAAUUUAGAAAUAAAAGACCUACUGAUCCUGUUAUUGUGGAAAGUUUGCAAGAGUUGGGUCUUAGCUCAAAGAAAACUACUGAACAACUUUAUAAGGAGAUGGUUGAAUCAACCUCUGAUGAUGAUUGGGAGAAUAUUCGAGGUCCUAGGCCUUAUGAAGAUAAUUCGGAAUAUUUAAGAGCAAAAGAAAAGCAACAAAAAGAGCGUCAAAAACAACAAGAAGAGCGUAGGAAGUUGUUAAAUGAAUCGAGUAAAUUUAGAAAUGCUUUGAAGAGGGAAUUUAAAAAACCUGAAGAUAAAUAG